CAUUUUGGCUUUGUGCUUGGAGAAAUGGAAAGGGUUUCGCUUCAUCUUCUUGUGAUUCUAUUGGCCUUGUCUCACCUCCUCGUCUCCUCCCAGGCUAUUCCAGCCACUGAGAAAGAACCCAAAGACCUUGCAACAAUCAGUGAACCACUGAAGGUGGUGGAAGACGACGCUGCGACAGAAGACGUCGUAGGCGGCAGGAUGAACGUGGAGAUCAGCGAUUACCCAAUAUCAGGUGCUAAUAAUCGCCAUACUCCACCGGGAAGGAGCUAAACCUGUUAACUGAUCUAAUUAUAUACAUAUCUGGCUGAUGUGUUCUAAGAUGAACCGGCAUGGUGAUAGAUGGAUUGUAAACUGUCUCAGUUUCUGUCAUCAGAAUCUGUAAUGGCGUCUGUUAUCAUAUACGGGACAAUAGCCUUUUGCAGAUCUAUUUGACUCGAG